UCUGUGAUCUCACCACAAGGGGAAGGGAGGCUGCCUGCAGCAAAGCUCUGAGGAAAAGGGAUCAGAGCUAAGAUGCCUGACAACCAAGAAUAGUGGAUGCAGAAACCGACAGUGUGAAACCCUCGGGCACUAUGAAAAACACCUAUGAAGGCAUGAGUCGGCAUGAGGAACAGGUGCUCAUCAACCGCAGGGACGUCGUGGAUAAGAAGGAUGCCUGGGACGUGCAAGAGUACAUCACUACACUGUGCGUCAAGCACUUGCUCCGACAUCCCGCCUUCCAGCUGCUGCUGGCCUUGCUGCUGGUGAUCAACGCCAUCACCAUCGCUAUUCGUACCAACUCUUACCUUGGUCAGAAACACUAUGAGUUCUUCUCAAUCAUAGACGACAUUGUGCUGACGAUUCUUAUGUGUGAGGUUCUCCUCGGCUGGAUCAAUGGCUUCUGCGUUUUCUGGAAGGACGGCUGGAACAUCCUCAACUUUGCAAUUGUCUUUGUCUUGUUCAUGGGGUUCUUCAUAAAGCAGCUUGACAUAGUUGCCAUCACCUACCCUCUCAGGGCACUUCGGCUGGUACAUGUGUGCAUGGCAGUGGAGCCCCUAGCCAAGAUCAUCAGGGUCAUCCUGCAGUCGGUGCCGGACUUGGCCAACGUUGUGGCCCUCAUCCUCUUCUUCAUGCUGGUCUUCUCUGUGUUUGGGGUCACACUCUUUGGUGCAUUCGUGCCCAAGCAUUUCCAGAACAUGGGGGUUGCCCUGUACACUCUCUUCAUCUGCAUCACCCAGGAUGGAUGGCUGGACAUCUACAGUGACUUCCAGAUGGAGGACAGGGAGAUCGCGAUGGAAGUCGGAGGCGCCAUCUACUUCGCUAUCUUCAUCACCAUCGGCGCGUUCAUCGGCCUCAACUUGUUUGUCGUCGUGGUGACCACAAACCUGGAACAGAUGAUGAAGAUUGGGGAGCAGGGGCAGCAGCGUCAGAUAACAUUUAGUGAGACAGGCAAAGAUGAAGAGGACUGGGCUGACGAUCUGCCACUGGUGCACUGUAUGGAGGCCCGCAAGGAGAUUUCUGGCCUCCCCCAGGAACCUCUGGUUGGGGGUCCCCUGUGCAACCUCACAGAAAAGACCUUCGAUAAUUUCUGCCUGGUGCUUGAGGCAAUACAGGAGAACCUGAUGGAAUACAAAGAGAUCCGGGAGGAGCUCAACACGAUCGUGGAGGAGGUGCGCUCCAUCCUUUACAACCAGGAGCAGGAAAAGGAGCUGUUACACAGGCACGCCUCCAAAGCCCUGUCCUUACAGAGCGGGUCCUCCUUAGACAUGCGUGAGGUGGCUACCCAGCAAGACUUGAUCUCUGCACUGGUCAGCAGGGAAAAGGUUCACGAUUCUAGCACAAACAUGCUUAGCAAACACAAGUUCAGCCUCUGAAGAGCAGAAUGGGCGCCAAGGGGGCCUGCACCCACCCAGGACCAGCUGCUGCAUCGCCCUGCAUCCCCGACUGGAGCCCAUUCCUCUCCCUUAUACCCGGGGGCAGAGGCCAGGGGCUCGGAUGGUGGCAGCAUCUGCAUGGCUUAUGCCUGUGAGCUUGAGGUCCAGAGGAGUCAGGAUGGAGGAUUCUGGAUGAGAAUGGAAGCCCCACAGCAAGGAUGAGCGCAGAAAGGGGUAGCCAGGCUUUGGCCCACCGGUGACCACCCUUGACCUCUGCUCCAGCUCCCGGAUGAGUCCUGGGUGGACCCCGGCACUGAAAAGAGCCAGGUCAGUAAGGCUGUGUGCACCAAAAAUAAAAUUUCGUGUUAUAA